CAGUGGAUGCAAAAGUCAGACAACGAAGGGUAAGCAUAGACGAGCAAGCUCAGUGUCAUAACCGAGGCCCACCGAAUUCUUCUCAGUAGUAGUGCGUAUUGCUCAAUGUCAACACCACAGGCAUUAACGGCUGUCAAGCUCCAUGCCACAUGACUCUGCAUCACCUGAGAGGUAACUAAAUUACGAUAAGCUGUGGUUUAGUAAGCAGGGAGCUUAUCGGCGCAGCAACCAACGCGAAUGCGGGCAAAAUGAUCGGACCUCGUCGUGCCUCACCAGCCCCCAGCCUUGGGUCGCUUUCCAUCAGAAUAAGCUGCCAUCAUGGCCAAUCACGCCCACGAGGAAGAUCUAGCAAAUCUUUCGAUAAUUCUAGUUACCGGGACAAACAGCGGUCUCGGCUUCUCAAUAUGUUGCCGCCUCGUCGACGACUUCCUCAAGUCUCCCUCCAACAACCACCGCUGCCUCACCGUGGUCUUCACCACUCGAAGCACCAAGAAGGGCGCUGAAACCCAGCAGCGCCUGCAAUCUCACCUCGAACAAACCACCAAAUCCCACCCGGGGCACCGCGCCCGCAUCACCUUCACCCCGGAGACCGUCGACCUGUCCAACCUGGUGUCGACGCGCGCCUGCGCGCGGCGCCUCACGCAGACCUUCCCCAAGCUCGACGCCGUGAUCCUCAACGCCGGCAUCGGCGGUUGGACCGGCCUCAACUGGCCCCAGGCCGUCUGGGGGGUCCUGACGGACCUUGUUCACACGGUCUCGUGGCCGGCCUACAAGAUCGCCCCGGUCGGCCUGCUCACUGCGCCGCAAACCACCACUGCUCCAGAAGAGGAACCCCGUCUGGGCAACGUCUUCUGCGCCAACGUCUUCGGCCACUACAUGCUCGCACAUAACCUAAUGCCUCUCCUCCACUCCUCUUCCGCGCCCCACAGCCGCAUCAUCUGGGUCUCCAGCAUUGAAGCCACCCUCCAGUACUUCUCCCCGGAAGACCUCCAGGGCCUCCGCACCGCCACUCCCUAUGAAUCCUCCAAAGCCCUGACCGACAUUCUCGCCCUGACCGCCGACCUCCCGGCCACAGACCCCUGGACCAGUUCGUUCUACGCGUGCGAUCCCAAACGUCAAAAAUCCACUGCACAAAACGAAACAAAAACAGCACAACCGAUUACUUACCUCGCCCAUCCGGGCAUCUGCGGCACCGCGAUCCUCCCGCUCCCGCUCCCGCUCAUCUACGCGAUGCUGGCCGCCUUCUGGCUCGCCCGCCUGCUGGGCUCCCCUUGGCACACGAUGUGGACGUACCUGGGGGCUUGCGCGCCUGUGUGGCUGGCGCUGAGCAGCCAGGCCGAGCUGGACGCCGCCGAGGAGCCCUACCGCGCGCAUGGAGGCGGGCGCGUCAAGUGGGGAUCCUCGUGCGACCGGCUCGGCCGCGACAGCGUCAUCUCGACGGAGAUGGACGGCUGGGGCCACGGCGGCGUGGCCGGACCGGCGGUUGUCGAGGCGGAUCGUACGCGGCGCCGCAAGCGUGGUGCGCGUGACCUCACGGCCGAGGAGCGGGUCGCGUUCGAGGAGCUGGGCCGCCAGUGCUGGCGGCAGAUGGAGGAGCUGCGCGUGCAGUGGGAGAAGAUUCUGGAUCGGGAGGAAGCACAGAUGGCGGCCACCACCCAACAAUAAGGGAAACGCGGCGAAAAGAAGGGAGGGUUUUUGGUGAUUUGACCUUUCUUAAACAUAUGAUUCUUACUUCUAGUGUAUAAAUACUGUUACAUUUAAUACAACCAAACGAGAUCGGGACAAGUC